GUAACAAGCCAAUCGUACCAAACAGUCCCCCCCUCUCUCGUGAACGCUCUCUAAAGGCCGUGUGGUUUAGGGUUUAAACGUCUCUACAAUUACACUAGUCUGUGCCCAAAAAUCCUCGAGAGCUUCACAGCCAUGGCGAGCACCAAAGUGCAGCGUAUUAUGACCCAACCCAUUAACUUGAUUUUCAGGUUUCUUCAAAGUAAAGCUCGCAUUCAGAUUUGGCUUUUUGAGCAGAAGGACUUGAGGAUUGAAGGCCGAAUCAUUGGGUUUGAUGAGUACAUGAAUUUGGUUUUGGAAGAUGCUGAAGAAGUCAAUAUCAAGAAAAAGAGCAGAAAGUCUUUAGGAAGGAUUCUUCUUAAAGGAGACAACAUUACUCUGAUGAUGAACACGGGAAAGUAAUGGUCAUUCCUGGUUCUUUAAGUGGAGGUUCAGUGGAACAGCUUUGGGUAUCAAAUAUUAGUAGGUUAUUAAUGAAAAGAAUGUUCAUGCAAUGAAUGUGUCUUUGCACUUGACUUGGCAAUGUAUGCUUGCUUUAGAUAUUUUUCGUGCAUGCAUUUUUGUAUCUAAUUUGCAAACCCCUGGCAUGUCAAUUUUCAGCCACUUUUUAGAAA